AUGUAUCAACAAGACGCUGCUUUGGACGCCACCACCAUCACAGCCGCGGACGCACGGUACCUCCUGUGGCACGAAAAACUCGAGCUUCCCCAAGUGACGUUCCGAGCGACGCUCGUCGGGCUCGUGAUCGGCAGCGUGGUGCUCAUCUCGAACUUCCAGUUCGGCCUCCAGACCGGCUGGGUACUGAUGAUGUCGCUCCCGUCCGCGUUGCUCGGGUUCACAGUCUUCAAAAUGCUGCCCAUGGCCGCCACGUUCACGGACGUGGAAAACGUGUACAUCCAGAGCGUGGCCGUGGCCGUGGGAACCGGCCCCUUGGCGUACGGCCUUGUGGGCAUCGUGCCGGCGAUCGAAAAGUUUUUGACCCCCGCCGAGAGCGGCACGGGCGCGCCCGUCGUGCUCUCGCUCGCGCAGCUCGUGGUCUGGCUGGCGGGGCUCGCCUUCUUCGGCGUGUUUUUCGCCGUCACGCUCCGCAAACAGGUCAUCGUCACCGAAAAACUCCCGUUCCCCUCGGGCCUGGCCACCGCCACGCUCAUCUCCGUGCUCCACGGCACCGAAAUGUACGACGAGAAGACGGAGCACGCGCACGGCGAGCCGCUGGCCGUGGACACCGAGUCCGUGUUCUCCGUGGAGAGCUACCAGCGAGGCGGCGUGAUCCGGCCGCUGGACUCCAACGGACUAAAACACCUCCAGGUCGAGCGCGCGUACCGGCUGAACAUCCGGUCGCUUUGCGUGACGUUUGCCGUGCUGGCCGCGUACACGGUCGCGGCGUACUUCGUGCCGUUUUUGAAGCUGCUCCCGGUGUUUGGCGACACCAUGUCACGUGUAUAUCAGUGGAACGUGCAGCUUCUGCCGGCCUACAUUGGGCAGGGCAUCAUCAUGGGUCUCCCGUCGGUGUCGUACAUGAUGUUCGGCGCGGUGCUCGGCUGGGGCGUCUUGGCACCAUUGCUGAAACACUUGGGCUGGGCCCCGGGUCCCAUUGAUGACUGGGUCUCUGGCGGCCAGGGCUGGAUUCUCUGGUUGAGCUUGAGCGUCAUGAUCCUGGACUCGCUCGUGUCGUUUUUCGUGGUCACGGCCCGGUCGUUCCGCGGGUUGAUGGCCCGUUCUCGCCGGGGCCAGUACGCACCGUUGCUCGCCGAGCUGGCCAGUAGCGAUGGCACGCUAAGGCCGCACUCGCUGGACUCCGGGUCCGACAAGUCGCUCACCGAUGUGGCUGCAGACCACUUGGUGGGCAUGAAGGUCACCAUGCUCGGGCUCCUCGUCUCGUCCACGCUCUGCGUGGCAGCGAUCCGCUGGGUGUUUGGCGCGCUAGUGCCCUACUACGCGAUUGUGGCUGCAAUUCUCUUGGCGUUGGUGUUCUCCGUGCUAGGCGUGCGGGCGCUUGGCGAGACGGAUCUCAAUCCCGUCAGCGGCAUCGGCAAGCUCUCGCAGUUGAUUUUCGCCGCGAUCAUCCCGCACAACCAUCCGGCCAAGAUCCUCAUCAACCUCAUUGCUGGCGGCAUUGCCGAGGCCGGCGCACAGCAGGCGGGCGACUUGAUGCAAGACUUGAAGACCGGCUUUUUGAUUGGCGCAUCGCCUAAGGCGCAAUUCGUGGCGCAGCUUGUCGGCACCGUGUACUCGGUGUUCUUCAGCAGUGUGAUGUACAAGGUUUACAAUUCCGUGUACGAGAUCCCGAGCAAGACGUUUCGCAUUCCCACGGCGGUGGUGUGGAUCGACUGCUCGCGCUUGGUCACAGGCGAGGGCUUGCCGCCGCACGCGUUCGAGUUCUGCGUCUUGUUCGGCGUGGUGUUCGGCGUGAUUUCACUCUUGAAGAACACCCUUCCGCGGUCAUCCCGCUACCACCGGUACAUGGUGUACCUUCCGAACGGCGUAGCCGUCGGGAUAGGCAUAUAUAACACGCCCAAUUUCUCCAUCGCCCGGUUUUUGGGCGGUGCGUUGGCGUACUUCUGGAUCCACCGGGCUACAAAGAAUAACGCGGACCAAAAGGUGAGGAUGGUGAUCAUCAGUAGUGGGCUCGUGUUGGGUGAGGGUCUACUCAGUGGCGUCACAAUGCUAAUGACCAGCAUGGGCGUAAGGCACUUCUAA